UUCUUGCUUUAAAAAGCCAGAAGCAGGGAAGGGCGGAAGGACUCCUCCUCCGGGGUGUUGGCUUUAGAGGAGGAGUGCAAUUCGUAGCUCAUAAAAGCUCCAGCUCAAGUACAGUUGCUGUAACAACAGCUGCAUUCUCUGCUUCCUUGCUGCGAUCUUUAGAGUUCCUGGAAACAGCUGAACUGUCUGCUUGUGGCCGAGAAGCCGGACACUGUGCACAAUGGCCCAGCAAUUUGUCAUGAGCAGGCUCGCACCUAACAAAGUGGUGAUAUUUGGGAAGACAGGCUGUCCUUACUGUCACAAAGCUUGCGACCUUCUGGAAUCACUUCACCUGAAGCCUGGGCAUUUGGAAUAUAUUGAUCUCUCAAACCGAAGUGAUACGUCUGACAUUCAGGACUAUCUCUUCCAAGUUACAGGAGCUAGAACAGUACCUCGUGUCUUUAUUGGAGAUACCUGUAUUGGUGGUUUUACAGACCUAGAAGGUCUGAAUAAAUCUGGAGAACUUGAGCCCCUGUUGAAGAAAAUUGGAGCUUUGUGAAGACUAGAGAUGCCUGUAGCCUGGGACUAUCUCGUGCCACAACACAAGACUUUGGAAACAGACCUGCAGUUGCCUACCUCCUGUUUUCUUCAUUGGCUGUGUUGUUUAAUGCAUGUUUCAAAACAGAGCGGUAGCGGUGGUGGGUGCUAAAAUAGGAUGGUAAAACUUUUAUACGUCUCAGUAUUCCUGCUAGUAAGCAGAAUGAUCAGACCUGACCUAGCAAAAUAAAAUGCUUAUACUAACAA